AUGUUGAUCUCCAGUAAACAGUUACCGAUGGGCCGUUCCCAGAGCUGGGACACUCUGGGUGGGACGGAAGGACAGUGGGAUCGUGGGGAGAGUGUGUAUGAGCAACAGGCCAGAAUUGCCACACGGAGGAACUCCUUGACCUAUGGGGGGGAUGCUGGAGGGACAUGGUAUGAGCCUCCCCCAGGAAUGCGUCCUCCAGAUCUGGACCUGAAACGAGAACCUUAUUCCUAUCAGGACUCGAUGUACAACCAGGGAUAUUCUCAGGAGCCCCGUGGCAUGAGGAAGAGCUCUGUGCCAGAGUUGAACAGCCACUAUGAGCGGCCACCUAUUGCACAUCGUGGCUCUCUACAACCACAGGACUACUACCAUCAUGAUCCAGCCAUGCUGCCACGACCACCAGAUGGAUUUUACCGUGGGGAGCAGGCACAUCCAAUUAACCGAUCUGCCUCACACUAUAGCAUAAUGGGAGGGCCACGACCACUAUGGGAACAUGGCCAGGGAGGGAGGCCUGGUUCAGCAGCACCUACAACUGCUCCACCUCCACCUCAUACUGCACACGAGAUGGGACGUGGUUACCGGGAACCUUCUCUCCCUGGUCCCUUACCUCCCACUCCUCUCUCCAAAAUGAUGCCGGAUGGGCAACGCAUUCCAAGCCGGGAUCCCUCACCUGCUCGGUACGCUAUUGACCAGGCAUCUCCCCGAUAUGGUGCUGAGCCGCCAUCCUCUCUCACAGGGCGUCCAGUCUAUGGGGAUGUUAAUGGGAGACCGAUAGAUCCUCGGCAGCCAGCGGCUACCUGCCUUGUGGUGGAUCCAGCCACUCAGGCGAUAGACGGGACUGCUGCAUCUCGAGGUAUGGUCACACGCCAGGACUGCCCUUCACCGUACACCAUUCAACAGCAGCAGCAAGCUCAACAGCAAACACAGCUACAGCAGCAAGCGCAGCUACAGGCACAGCAGCAAGCGCAGCUACAGGCACAGCAGCAAGCGCAGCUACAGGCACAGCAGCAAGCGCAGCUACAAGCACAGCAGCAGGUUCAGACAGUGCAGCAAAUUCAGCCAGUGCAACAGCAAAUGCAACAGGUUCAGCCAGUGCAACAACAAAUGCAGCAAGUGCAACAAAUACAACCAGUUCAGCAGGUGCAACAAGCUCCGCCGUCCCCAAAUCCUGUCUAUGAUCCAAACCCUCCAGCCCUGCCAGUCCCUGCUCCAGUUACCACCCCAAGCUCAUCUGUUGUCCCUGCUCAAGCUCCUACACCCACUCCCACUGCUCCUCAGACCCCAGUGGCUCCUGUGGACCCUAAAAAGACAGCGGACCCUGAAUUUCUGGCUUUGCUACGUAAUGAGGGUCUGUCUGAAAGCACCAUCACUAAUCUCCUGCAGCAAGGCUUUGAUUCCACCAGCAUGCUUGCUGUUAUGGAGGAGAAUGACGUUCGCUCCGUUGCGCCCAACCUAGGUCAAGCUCGAGUUCUGUCACGUGUAGCACUCAGUUGCAAACGUCCACCCGAUGUGACCCCUGCAACACCACAGCAACCCAACGUUCCUGUCCGAAGUCGUUCCAACAGCUUCAGCCAUCGCAGUGACAUCUACGUACACCAGCCAUCACAGUCUGUACCCCUUGGUAUAGAUCCCCAUCUUAUGCAGCCACCCCAAACCCCCAUGCAGACAGUCUCCUCGAGGAUGGGAGAGAUCAUGGGUCGACGACCUAGCAGUGCCCCAUCCCAGCAACUGCUAGACACUGGUGGAUACCCAAUCGCUAGGUCACCGGGGGCCUACAGUGGAGCUAUGGUACCAGUCCAGCCUCGCCCUAUGUCAGCCUACACACCACAAGUUGGCCUACCCAUGCCACCCAUGGCUACCAUGCCCCAGCAGGUGCCCUUACCACCUCAUCUACCAGGAUUACCACCUCAGAUACCAGGAAUACCACCGCAGAUGCCAGGAAUACCACCGCAAAUCCAUGCAAUUCCUCAACAGAUGCCAGCAUUGCCUGCAGUGCCACAGCAGCUGGCUGUGCAAGCAUUGCCACCGCAGCAGGCACCCAAGGCAUACACCACAAAUUACACAGUGCCCAUGGAGCUAAUGAAGAGGGAUCGAAGCCUUGCAACUAUGUCCCCUAUGGCCAGCCCACACCCCAGCCCACAGAUAAUGCGAAAGACUGGGGCAAUUCCCCCUGAAAGUGCUAUGGUUCCUGUGGGUGCUGCCCUGCAAGGCCUAAAUGCCAGCCUAGCCAAUCAGAAGCUCAGCAGGCGGACUGGACCUCCAGUCAUCGUGUCCACCAUGGCUUCACCUGACACAAGUAUAAGGCCACAGAUAAUGAACGGGCCAAUGCACCCUCGCCCCCUGGUGGCCCUGCUGGAUGGACGGGACUGCACUGUAGAGAUGCCCAUCCUAAAAGAUCUGGCAACCGUGGCCUUCUGCGAUGCCCAGUCGACCCAGGAGAUCCACGAAAAGGUAUUAAAUGAAGCAGUAGGAGCCAUGAUGUACCACACUAUCACUCUGACCAGAGAAGACCUGGAGAAGUUUAAAGCCCUGCGCAUCAUCAUUCGAAUCGGCAGCGGCUACGACAACAUCGACAUUAAAGCCGCUGGAGAGCUGGGCAUUGCGGUGUGUAAUAUCCCAUCAGCGGCUGUGGAGGAGACAGCCGACUCGACGCUGUGCCACAUCCUGAACCUGUAUCGGCGGAAUACGUGGCUGUACCAGUCUCUCCGGGAGGGCACGCGGGUCCAGAGCGUGGAGCAGAUCAGAGAGGUGGCCUCAGGAGCAGCACGCAUCCGCGGAGAAACACUCGGCCUCAUUGGCUUCGGCCGAUCGGGCCAGGCGGUGGCAGUGCGGGCGAAAGCGUUUGGCUUUAACGUCAUCUUUUACGACCCGUACCUGCAGGACGGUUUGGAGCGUUCUCUAGGAGUGCAGAGGGUUUACACUCUACAGGAUCUGCUCUACCAGAGUGACUGUGUGUCUCUGCACUGCAACCUCAAUGAACACAACCACCAUCUGAUCAAUGACUUUACCAUCAAACAGAUGCGCCAGGGUGCAUUUCUGGUGAACACUGCGAGGGGAGGACUGGUGGAUGAGAAGGCCCUGGCCCAGGCGCUGAAAGAGGGCAGAAUACGAGGGGCUGCCCUAGACGUCCACGAGUCGGAACCCUUCAGUUUUACUCAGGGUCCGCUGAAGGACGCACCCAAUCUGAUCUGUACUCCACACACAGCCUGGUACAGUGAACAGGCCUCAUUAGAGAUGAGAGAAGCAGCAGCAACAGAGAUACGCAGAGCCAUCACAGGUCGUAUUCCAGACAGUCUAAGAAACUGCGUCAAUAAGGAAUUCUUCGUUACCACAGCACCUUGGGGGAUGGCAGACCAGCAGGUGCAUCCAGAGCUCAACGGUGGAGCCUACAGAGUGGCUCAGCCUCUUCCAGCUCUGUCCCCUGGAGGCAUGCAAGACAAAAUGUAUACCUAG